AUGUAUGCAUGGUCAGACUCGUCAAUUGUCAUUUCUUGGCUUUCUGGAGAUCCCAACCGCUGGAAACCUUUUGUAGCAAAUCGUGUAAUAGAAAUCAUAGAGAAUAUCAACCACAACCACUGGAACCAUGUACAAUCACAAGACAAUCCCGCAGAUCCAGCUUCUCGAGGAAUGCUGCUGUCAGCUCUGAAGACAUGCGAUUUGUGGUGGAAUGGUCCAAAUUGGUUAUCUGAAAAAGAUAUUAAAAUUAUUAAACAAGAUAUAGAACCAAUACAAUUAGAAAUGAAAAAUAAAUUAAUGGAUAAAAACAAACCUGAAAUUACUUACCUGAUUACUGAUGAACCUGUAAAAGAAGAAACAACAUUAAUAUCACAAUUAGAAAAUUUUGAUAACUUAAGUGAAUUACUCAAUACAAUUGUAUAUUGCAAAAGAUUUUUAAAUUUUAAAAAACAUAUAAAAGCAAACGCAAAAGAAAUCACAGUAAAAGAGAUAGAAGAAGCAUUAAAAUUUUGUAUUAGAAAAGCACAAGAAGAAGAAUUUCACGCAGAUAUUAGUAAGCUAAAGAAUAAAAAGCAAGUAAGCAAGAAAAGUAAAUUAAAGUCACUUAGCCCUUUCUUAGACGAAGAAAAUAUUCUCAGGGUGGGCGGUCGUCUCAGACACGCAGACCUAGAUCAAAACAGAAAGCAUCCUAUAGUUAUUGGAAACACAAACUUUCUUGUUCAAUAUUUAAUAGCAGAUGCACAUGCCAAAACGCUGCAUGGCGGCGCACAAUUAAUGUUGUGCUAUUUACGUUCAAAAUACUGGAUAUUAAGAGUAAAAUCACAAGUUAAACAACACAUACACCGUUGUCUAAUAUGUGCAAGAAUAAAAGCAAUAUCAAGAACGCAAUUAAUGGGAGACUUACCUAAGCAACGAGUGCUGCCAUCCAGACCUUUUCUGAACACAGGAGUCGAUUUUGCCGGUCCUUUUCAAACGCUGAUGUGCAAGGGUCGAGGAAACAGAACGACGAAAACAUACAUAGCAAUUUUCAUAUGCACAGCUACCAAAGCUAUCCACAUCGAAUUAGUGGGCGAUCUCACUUCCGAAGCCUUCAUAGGUGCCUUUCGACGUUUCGUCUCACGAAGAGGCAAAUGCAGUCAUUUAUGGAGCGACCAAGGAAGAAACUUCGUUGGUGCAGAUAAGCAACUGGCCGAUGCCUGGAAUGAGGCUAAACUACAAUUUUCUGGUCAUAUCGCACAACAACUAGCCACAGAAGGCACUCAAUGGCAUUUUAUUCCAGCUCACAGCCCUCACUUUGGCGGAUUGUGGGAGGCUGGCGUCAAGUCUAUAAAAUACCAUUUAAAAAGAAUAAUUUCAACUCACCUUACGUACGAAGAAAUGACAACAGUUUUAUGCCAAGUAGAAGCUUGCUUAAAUUCACGCCCGUUAUGUCCAAUAGAUGACAAUGAUCCAGAUAAUCUCACUCCUCUUACCCCUGGACACUUUUUAAUAGGUGAAGCUCCAAUCGUCGUGCCUUCACCAGACCUCAAGGACGUCAAAAUUUCACCCUUAGCUCGUUGGCAACACACACAGAAGUUAGUACAAGAUAUUUGGCGGCGCUGGCAAAAUGAAUAUCUGUCAAGACUACAACAACGCCCCAAAUGGCUGAAGCUAGAGAAAGAAUUCAAGAUUGGAGACAUUGUACUAAUUAAAGAUUUCACUCUACCGCCAGGAAAGUGGUCUCUUGGUAGAAUUACAGCCAAACAUCCAGGAGAAGAAGGAUUGACCAGAGUCUACAGUGUUUGGAGUAGCAGCGGAUCUCAUGGUUCGACCGUCAAGAGACCAGCAGUCAAUUUAUGCCCAUUGCCUAUCAAUUAUUAG